AUGCCCCGGCCAUCCCAGUUCAAACGCAUUGUACUCAACUCACGGCCGGAAGGCGAUAUCGAGCCAGAUACAUUUCGCACAGAAAUCGUCCCUUUCUCUUCUUUGAAGUUGGGAAACAACGAGGUCCUCGUCCAGUGCACAUGGCUAAGCUUGGAUCCCGCGAUGAGGGGCUAUAUCCGUGAUGUGAGAAGCUACCUUCCGCCUGUACAGAUUGGGGAGGUUAUGCGUGCCAUGGGUCUCGGAGUGGUUAUUGAAGUUGGGCCAGGAAGCCGCUUCAAGGUGGGAGAUAAUGUGAGCGGGCCAUGGGGCAUGACCGAAUUCGCUGUUAUAAAAGACAAGUUCGUCGACAAGCUUGUUAUCCCUCGUGGUGUUGAGCCCCUCGACUACUUGGGCAUUCUAGGAAGUUCUGGUCUGACCGCUUACUUUGGUCUCAAAAAGAUUGGUGAGCUGAAGGCGGGAGAGAAGCUUGUGGUGUCGGGAGCAGCAGGCUCUGUUGGUUCUAUUGCAUGUCAGCUUGGGAAGGCUGCCGGGGCCAAGGUAUACGCUAUUGCAGGUAGCGAUGAUAAAUGCCGUUGGCUGGAGAAUGAGCUGGGGGUCAUCAAAGCGUUCAACUACAAGAGCCCCACCUUCUACAAUGACCUGAAGAAAGAUGUUGGGUAUCUGGAUGUCUAUUUCGAUAACGUUGGUGGUGAGAUUCUGGAUUUCCUCCUUACUCGACUGAAUAAGGACGCACGAAUCGUCCUCUGUGAUGCCCCCAAGCCAAAGGGUCUGCAAAGCUAUCUUAACCUCAUUUCCCAACGUGCCAAAAUUCAAGGCUUCAUUGUUAUGGAUUAUGCCUCUGAAUAUCCGACAGCAAUAGAAGAGCUUGGCAAGGAUCUUGCCAGCGGUGCCAUUAAGCGUAAAUUCCACAUCGUCGAAGGUGGUAUCGAACAGGCGCCUGUAGCGCUGCCAAUGCUUUUCAGCGGAGGGAAUACAGGCAAACUAGUGGUCAAAGUUUCGGAUGCGCCUACCGUAGCCAAUUCAAAGCUAUAA